CCGGUGUCCCCCCAGAUGCUGGCCGUGCUCUGCCUGGCCCUGCUGGCCGCGGUGGCCCCCGCGGUGGCCCCCGGGGGGGCUCUGUCCUUCCUGGCGCUGGGGGACUGGGGGGGGCUGCCCGAGCCCCCCUUUGUCACCCCCCGGCAGGUGGCCGUGGCGGCCGCCAUGGGCCGCGCUGUCACCGAGCUGGGCGGGGACUUCGUGCUGGCCCUCGGGGACAACUUCUACUACGAGGGCGUGCGCGACGAGUGGGACCCGCGCUUCCAGGACACCUUCGAGCGCGUGUUCGCGGCCCCGGCGCUCCGCGGCGUCCCCUGGUUCGUCAUGGCCGGGAACCACGACCACGCCGGGAACGUCACCGGGCAGCUGAGCUACAGCGGCCACUCGCCGCGCUGGUGUCCCCAGGUGUCCCCAGGUGUCCCCAGGUGUCCCCUCCCUGUCCCCAGGCGCUUCCCCCACCCGUACUACAGCCUGCGGCUGCACCUGCCGGGCUCCAACGCCUCGGCGCGGCUGCUGGUGCUGGACUCGGUUCUGCUCUGCGGCCGCGGCGACGAUUUCGGCGCGGGCCCGGCGGGGCCGGGGGACGCGGCGGCGGCGGCGGCGCAGCUGGGCUGGCUGCGGGCGCAGCUGGCGGCGGCGGCCGGGGACAGCUUCGUGCUGGUGGCCGGGCACUACCCGCUCUGGUCCGUGGGCAAGCACGGCCCCACGGCGUGCCUGCUGCGGCUGCUGCGGCCGCUGCUGCGGCGGCACCGCGUCAGCGCCUACCUGAGCGGGCACGACCACAACCUGCAGGUGAGACAGGGACAAGGGGGGGUGGGCUACGUCCUGAGCGGCGCCGGGAACUUCAUGGAGGACGCACGGCCGCACGAGGCCUCGGUGCCCCCCGGGGCGCUCCGCUUCUUCUUCGGGAGCCCCGGCAGCCCCGGCGGCUUCGCCCACGUGCGCCUGGAGCCGCGCGCCGCCACCGUCACCUUCCUGGAGGCCAGCGGGCGCGUCCUGCACCGCGUGGAGCUGCCGCCGCGGCGGCCAUGAG